CGAGACAAAGUUUGGACUACGUCUCAUUUGGGGUACAGAAAUGCUCGAAUUCAAGGAAUGGGUAAGGAUCUAGAUCUGAUCGGCAACUACCGGUUCAAUUGGGCUCUUACGAUAUUCUACUUCUCAUAUAUCGUGGUUGAGAUUCCAUCAAAUAUUCUGUUGAAGAAGAUUGGAGGACGGUAUUACCUGCCUGCUCUAGUCAUUGCCUUCGGUCUUAUAUCCAUGUGCACAGCCUUCAUCGACAACUUCAAAGGGCUAUACGCUUGCCGUUUCUUCCUCGGGCUUGCGGAGGGUGGUAUGAUGCCUGGAAUUGCUUACUACCUCUCCUGCUUCUACAAACGCAACGAACUCCUCUUCCGUAUGGGAAUCUACAUUACCGGUGCUUCGCUGGCCGGAGCCUUCGGAGGUCUUCUAGCAGCAGGACUGUCCCCUAUUCCCUCCUGGGGAGUCGAAGGCCGCAAGAUCCACGACUGGCGCAACAUUUUCUUCUUCGAAGGACUAUUCACCCUCAUCUUCUCGGGCAUCGGCAUGAUCAUUCUCCCUUCUACUCCAGACAAGUGCAAGUUCCUCACCCCUCGGGAUCGCUACAUCGCGCUCGAGCGCAUCAACAGAGAGCAUAAGGAAUCAGCAAAUGAGCCGACAACGCAACACCAUGUUAAGCGAGCUAUUUUCAACAUCAACAAUCUCAUCUGCGCGUUGGGAUUCUUCAGCAUCAAUGUCUCCGUGCAAUCGUUCUCGCUCUUCUUGCCGACUAUCCUUGUCAACCUUGGCUGGACUGCUCUCAAGACGCAAUUCUACAGUGUCCCACCAUACUGCGUUGCUUGUUUGUACGCCAUCUUCAUUGCCCGAAUGAGCGACGUGUAUAAGCGACGAGGGAUAUUCAUCGUUGGUGGAACGAUACUCUCUAUUAUAGGAUACACCAUGUUGGUGACUGUCGAGUCCAAUUCGCUUAAAUACCUCGCUGUGUUCUUCGCAUCAGCAGGCGCCUUCCCACAAGGCCCAGCCUUCCUAGCAUGGGGCCUCAACAACGCCGCCGGGUCAUCCGUCCGCGCCGUAAGCGGUGGCUUCAUCGUUGCACUCGGCAGCGCAGGCGCCAUCAUCGCAACGUGGACGUACCUUGAGAAGGACAAGCCGAACUUCCAUCGCGGUCAUUAUAUUAAUAUCGGUGCUCAGGUCGUUGCUUGUUCUCUGGCCUGUAUCGGUAUCGCUUACAAUAAGUGGGAGAAUGGGAAGAGAGAACGGGGUGAGAGGGAUCACAGGAUUGCUGGGCUUAAUGAGCAGGAGAAGAUUGCGUUGGGGUAUAGAAACCCUGAGUUUAGAUAUCAUACGUAAAGAUGGGUCAUGGAAUGGAAAGAUAGGGAGGGUGCAAUGGAUGUUGAGAUGUUUCUAGGUGUUGUCAUGAGUGUGCAAUGAAAUUAUUUCCCACAAGAGGGCUACUCGUCCGUCC